UUCCAGGGCUCCAAACUACUUGCUCUAUUUUCGUUUAUAUAAAUUCGCACACAACAGCUGCAAAACCACUGAGCAAACAAUCACUCAUUAAUCCAUUUCACUCUUUCUCUCUCACUCAUGGCUGCAAGCUUAUCUCUAGGCUUCUCUUUCUCAUCAUCUCUGUUUGAGUAGAGAAUGAGUAAUCUUCUUCUCGGAAGAAGAUGCCUUCUCAUCAUCAACUAACCCCUCAAAUCGCCCUCUACUGCGAUGAGGAGGAAUACUAUUGGGACUCCCACUCCGAUAACAAUAACACCAUCUCUAAUUACUUUAAUACCCCUCACGUUAACUACGAGGACGAGCUCGCCUCUCUACUGCACAAAGAGCAGGAACACCAACCGCUCCUAAAAAUCCGCUGCGCCGCGUCUGCGAGAGCCGAGGCGGUUGACUGGAUCCUUACAGUUGUUCGCUACUAUUCCUUCUCCGCGCUCACUGCGGUGCUUGCGGUUAACUAUUUCGAUCGAUUUCAAAAUAGCUCUGAAUCUCGUGUAGAGAAGCCAUGGAUGGCUCAAUUAACUGCUGUUGCUUGCAUUUCCUUGGCUGCCAAAGUGGAGGAGACUCACGUUCCUCUGCUCCUCGAUCUCCAAGUGGUAGAAAAGAUCGAUUACGUUUUCGAAUCGAAAACGAUUCAGAGAAUGGAGAUUUUAGUCCUUUCCACUCUCGAUUGGAAGAUGAAUCCGGUUACUCCAGUUUCGUUUCUCGACUGCAUCGCCAGAAAGUUAGGGCUCUUCAGCGAGAUCUCCAGGGACUUUCUUAGGAGAUGCCAUUGCCUUCUUCUCUCUCUACUUUCUGACUGUAGAUUCAUGAGGUAUUCCUCGUCUGCAUUGGCGACCGCCACAAUGCUGUAUGUAAUCAGCAGCGUCGAGCCAACAAUCGGCGUCGAUUAUCACGAUCAGCUCGUCGGAAUUCUCGGAAUCGACAAGGAUAAGGUGGAGAAUUGUUGCAAGCUGAUAGAGGAGGUGGCCACCGGCGCCGGCUCGUUAUACUCGUGUAACAAGAGGAAGCUCCCCGGAAGUCCCAAAGGGGUGGUGGACGUCUACUUCAGCUCCGACGAUUCCUCCGCCGCCUCGUCGCCGGAGCACCACACGAAGAAAUUCAAGUCCACAUAAUUAAUUAACUAAUGCAUUUUUUCCUCUCUGCAUUUAUAUUCCCUUUUUUAUUUAUCUAUUUUUAAAUAGGUGAAUUUUAAAUCGCUGUGUAGAAUAACAUUUUCUACGAAAUCUCUGAAUGCAUUUCCAGCAAAAUGACCAUCUUCAUUUUUUAA